AUGUCAUUCGUGACUUUACUGCUUGGAGCGCUCUCUGUUGCGAGAGCAGCCUAUGGGAAGGAUGUAUUUGCUCAUUGGAUGCUCGAUGAAGCCUACUCUUUCGUACAGAGCGACUGGGAGAGUGAUAUGUCAACAGCUCAAUCGAUUGGAAUCGACGGUUUUGUUUUGAAUAUGAAUGCCAACGACUAUGAAACCGACAAGCUCGUGGACGCCUAUGCCGCAGCCGAAUCCCUAAACUUCAAACUCUUCAUGUCCUUUGACAUGUCUUACACCUGGUCCGUCACGGACAUGGUCAACAUCGUCUCGGCACACGCGUCCUCCUCCGCGCAGUACUUGUGGAACGGCGACGUUCUCGUUUCUACGUACUCUGGUGACUCGGGGAGCACCGCCACUGACUCCUUCUGGAGUGGAUUCAAGAGCGAUUUGGCUAGCCAGGGGAUUACGAUCUCGUUGGCACCAGCUUUCACGACUUACAGAGAUCCGUCGUUGGCAAGCUCAUUGUUGAGCACGUACCCUUCUAUUGACGGAUUCUUCAACUGGUGGUCCUGGCCUGCAGAUGUUCUUGCAAACCUGACGACCGACACAGACGUCGCAUAUCAUCAGGCAAUUUCUGCUAGAACUGGACCCUACAUCAUGGGCGUCUCUCCCUGGCAAUACAAGGACACUUCGGAUGAUCAGGACUGGGUUGAGUACUCCGAUACGCUUUGGAACUACAGGUGGCAACAGGCCAUCGACAUUCAACCCGAUAUCGUUGAAAUUAUUACAUGGAACGAUUAUGGCGAAUCGCACUACAUCGCCGACGUCCUCUCGAACAUCAACAUCGGCACGAUCACGUACGUUGACGGUCAAGACCACGCACCGUGGAGAGACGUGGCAGAAUAUUACAUCUCCUGGUACAAGAACGGUGUCCAGCCAACUAUCACUGAAGACAAAGUGGUCUUCUGGUACCGCAAGAACCCCAAAGCUGCCGUCUGCACCGGCGGGACCACCUCCGCCCCACGCAACGCUAACUUCCCAGGCGACUCGGUCUUCGCGCUCGCCAUGGUCGCCUCCGACGCCACUAUCUCCCUCGAUAUUGGCUCUUCGCAUGCUGAGUUUUCGGCAAGCGGUAACGCGGUGACUAUGGGAAGUGUGCCUUUCCCGACCGAGGAUAAUCAGAUUCCGUAUAUCCAGAUCAUCAGAAAUGGGGCUACGGUCAAGGAUGGAUACGGAUCAGUGGAAGUCAGCCAAAGUUGUACGGACUAUAACUUCAAUCCGUUUGUGGGAAUUGUUGAGUAG